UGUGAAAGGCAGAGGUGGUCCACAGUUAGCGGUGUUUACUCAAGUUAAUAAGGCCUCCCUAUAAAUGCCAGCACUGGAGUCAAUGGAGCAGGAAUUCCUGCACACAGGACUUGAAAGCUACACACCCACAUUCAGGUAUACACACAUGCCAGGGAACAAUUGACACCAUCAGUGUUAGUCACUGGAGGUAGUGAUGUGGCGGUGUGUGCCGGGAGACUGUCGUGCUGGUGGCUCUUCAAAAUCUUAUUCUUCAAGCAGCCUGAGAACACCUCACAUGUUCAGAAAGACCUCAGAAGACACAAGACAGCCAAACUGAAUACCAGUUACUGGAGGUCCAAGACAGCAGAGGAAACAAGAAGUUGUUAUUCCUUGACUGCAUCAGUGGGCUUUGGCAAAAAACGAAAAACCCUUCUGGUGCUUCCUAGGACAGUCACUGUAUCUGUACAGGGGGCCAUGGCUAGUCCAGUGCGGGUUCACCCAGACACUGCCUUGCUCCAGCCAGCCCGCCCUGCCUCCAGUUUCUCUGAGAACACUUUGGCUGUUCUGAAAACGGAAGAUGGGACAGUGGAGACUCUGGAGCUGGUGGACAAUAAGCCACGGCUGGACAGCACUGAUCGUGCCCUUCCGGGACUCUACCUGUCCUGUUUUGACAUGCUGUUUACUGAGGAUGCCACCUGGCUGGUGAGGGUAGCGGACUCCUCUGCAUCAUUUGCUAGUGGACCUAAUCCGGGACCAUGUCCAGAGCCAGACCAGUGCCCUGUGAUUGAUAGUCCUGGGCUAGGGAGUGAGCCACUGUCCCCUGGCCUUGAAGACCAGGUGGAGGAGAGAUCUCUGGAGCAAGUGCAGAGCCUUGUGGUUGGAGAAGUGCUAAAGGACAUUGAGACAGCCUGCAAGCUGCUGAACAUCACACCAGAUCCGGUGGAGUGGAGUUGUGGAAAUGUUCAGAAGUGGCUGUUGUGGACAGAGCACCUGUAUCGACUCCCUCAGGUGGGCAAAGCAUUUCAGGACCUGGAUGGGAAAGACUUGUGUGCUAUGACAGAGGAAGACUUUCGACAGCGUUGUCCACAGUGUGGUGACACACUCCACGCUCAUCUAGAUAUAUGGAAAUCAGCUGCCUGGAUGAAAGAGAGAUGUUCAGUAGGAGAGAGCAGGAUCACAGAGAGAGAGGAGUUGUGGUCGGAAGCAGAUUCAUCUUGUUCCGGUCAGCCCAUCCAUUUGUGGCAGUUCCUCAGAGAGCUCUUACUUAAACCACACAGCUAUGGACGCUGCAUCCGCUGGCUCAAUAAAGAGAAAGGUAUUUUCAAAAUUGAAGAUUCUGCUCACGUAGCACGACUCUGGGGUCUGAGGAAGAACCGGCCAGCGAUGAACUACGACAAGCUUAGCCGCUCCAUCAGGCAGUACUACAAGAAGGGAAUCAUCCGCAAGCCAGAUGUGUCUCAGAGACUGGUCUAUCAGUUUGUCCACCCAGUAUGAACCCAACAAUCAGACCAACAGAGACAAGAUGACAGAUUGUUUGCUAUGCACUGACAAACCGCCUAAGAUCUAGAGUCUAUGCACUCUAGUACUUUUCUGCGUUUAGUUGAUGUUUUGGUCUGUGUUAAUUUAAUGUCAUGAAUCAGUUUGAAUUAUAUUUUAUUCCAAGUGCCAAUCAAUGUGGCCACUUUUACAUGAAGACACUUUUUCAGGAUCUCAAUAAAACACAUUAUAUCAGACAUUUUAUGAUUAUAUAGGUCACACAAGAUGCCCGGCUAUUCGCAUUGUCUGCCUGUCUCAGUCCAUCAGUUAGCUUAUUAGUAAACAUGUCAAAGUAACUGAGGAAUAAUUUAGGAUCAGUUUUUGCCUUCCUACAAGUAUUAGGCACUUACUAAAUGUGGAAACGGGUUUGAAACAUGGAAUUUGCAUAUAUUUCUGUAAAUUAUUUCUAUAAUUUGAACACUGACAGUCGUCAAACACAUGUUCUUCUCUGACAGCUUUCAUAGUGCUAUGUCAACGCUUGCAGUUUUUGUUUGAGCAAAGCUCCACUCCCUGUGAGAAUGCGUGGCCAACUCAGGCACAUGUUUGGGUUUGGUCCUGGCCUCCGCCCAACUCAGCUCUUUUUGCUAGGCCUAAUCACACAGCAAACUUAUAAACCCUCCCUAAAGGCAUCAACAGUAAAGAAAGUCUUCAACUCACUAAGUGAACAAAUGGUCGUCCUCCAUUAGAAGCUCACCUUGUGCUCUCUCUCUGAUCAGCAGAAAAAAAAAAUCUUGCAAUUGUUAUUAGUAAUAUGUUCUCACGGAAGGUCUCAUUAAAAGGUUCUUUACACAUUAAGAGUUGUCAGGUGUUAAGGAACUGUUAUGAAUUACUAACCUUACAUGUAAGCGUGUGUGUGGGUUGUUGUUGUUUUCUUCUUUUGUUCCUGUGACUUUCAAUGUCACUUUUUCUCUGGAUUUUUUAUUUUAUUUUUUAUUUUUUUUGCAGUGUCUGCCAUUGUUAAUAAUAUAAAGAUUUGUUAAUACAUCUUUAGUAAAACUUUCUGCUACAGAAAGUCUCCAUCAUGGGUUUUCAUUUCAGUCCUUCCGCAUUUACUAUAAGCAAAAACAUAAUGAUAAUGAUUUGUAUUUUCACUUGUAAGUUUAGCAAGUUAGCCAGUGGGAAACUUUGAAAAGCCGCAGUGGAUGAAUAAUAACAAAACCCAUUGUGACAAAUAGGCUGUUGGUAACUUCAUAAAUUUUAAACUGUUAAUCAGUCAUUUAAUGUGUACUAUGGUUUUAAUGACAUUAGAUUGUAAAUAGAAAUGAAAACUGUUAUGUUCAUAUAGUAAGGAAUUAUACAUAAUGCAGAAAUUAGUAAUGUCUUAUGUCUUAAUUUUCUGGUAUAGCAAUUAUGACAACAUAAGGUACUAAUCAAAUGAGAUGUAUUUCUAGAAUGUGUUACAUAUAAUUACAAUAUAAUUACAUUUAAUGAUCAUGAAUGUUGGACAAGAAUGGUUCAUGAUUUUGUAAACACCAGCACUAAAAGUUAUCGGACUAGAACAGCUCUCUCUAGUGGUGAUCUCAAACACAGUGUUUUGCUGUUCUGCUGUGGUCCACAUAGCCAGCUACAGAAAAGUUAGACAUAACU